UUGAAAUUUUGAAAAAUUGGAGAAACCUCCUUUGAAACUCAAGAUCAGCCGGGGUUACAUACUGCUGGCCGUUAAAACCGAAGUUGGAUAAGUCCACGUAAGACCUAAGCCCUCCGCGAACAUCGGGUUCGGGUUCGCAUAUGUGGUUCGGAUCUAAUAUGGGAAUAUCAACAUGACUAUACGACAAUCGCAUGUCGUUAACAUAUAUGACGACUCACUUAUAUAUAAAGGGCUGAGCCAGGCAUACGGAAUAAAUAGUAUGUGGAACUUCAUCAACUCAUUCAACAACACACAAGAGACAAUACAAACAUACCUUAGCAAACAGCGUAUUCCACCCACCAUGCCGCCCCAACUCACCGAAGUAGACACCCUAACAAUCCACGCCAUCGUCAACGACGAAAUCGACCAAAUUUCGCCGUCCCCGCACCCCUCCAUAAAACACGCUCAAUCCUUCCUCGGCGCUCCUCUAACGCCCCUCCCCGCAUCUGCACAACCCGGAGGCGCAAAGCUGCAGAUGCGGAUGGACACGCUGUGUUGCGGGGCGCACGGGCUAUCGCUCUUAAUAACCGUGAGUAAGGACGGGAAGGAACACACGUUGUUAUUCGACACGGGACCGGAGGAGGCGGUUUGGGAGCGCAAUGCGCGGAGGUUGGGGCUGGAUGUGGCGAAGGUGGAGAGGAUUGUGCUGUCGCAUUGGCAUCGGGAUCAUUCGGGGGGGUUGCUGGGUGCGGUGAGGAUGGUUGAGGGGGCUAAGGCUGCUACAGCUACAAGCGAAGAGAAAGGGAAAGUGGUCGUGGAUUUACAUCCCGAACGUCCGGAUUUCAGGGGGAUCAGGGCGCAUGAGAUUAUUGCGCUGGAGGCGGACCCGAGUUUUUCUGAGAUCGAAGACGCGGGUGCGGAGGUUUUUAAGAGCGCGGAGGCGCAUACGGUGCUUGACGACAUGUUUUUGGUCUCGGGGGAGAUUCCGCGGCGGACGGCGUAUGAGGGUGGGAUUCGUGGGGGUGUGAGGUUUAGUGAGAAAAAGGGGUGGGAGACGGAUGAGUUGAUUAUGGAUGAGAGGCUGGUUAUGUGUAAUUUGAAAGGGAAGGGGCUUGUUGUUUUCACGGGGUGUAGCCAUGCUGGCGUGGUUAAUGUCUCGCGCCACGCGAUGGAGUUGGGGGGUGGUGUUCCCCUAUAUACCGUUGUGGGCGGGUACCAUUUAGCGGAUGGCGCACCUGAGAAGUUGCAAAAGUCGCUGGAGGAUUUGAAGGCGUUGGAACCGAAGGUGCUAAUGCCGGGACAUUGCACAGGGUGGAGAUUCAAGGUUGCGAUUGAGAAGGAGAUGCCGGGCUGCAUGGCCCCUAUUUUUGGAGGCACGAAGUAUGAGCUUAUCUAAGCUCGGAACAGGGGGGAUCGAUGUAUCUUGAUGAGCAGAGAAAAAUCAUAUAUCUGCUCCUAUUUGAUGUUCCUCGUUAUACCUAGUAUUGAUUCCAUAUUCUUAAGUCCCAAGCGGACAACCUGUACCUGGUAUAUAAUACAUUCAAAAUUAGUCCUCUUUCCAUCAUAACAGG